UCGCCUUCUUCUGACGCUGACGUCGGACGAGGGAGCCGGAGGGACGUUCCGACCACCGCCGGGAGGCUCCUGGGGGCCGGGGCUCCGAGGUUAUAAUAUAACUUAUCCUCUCAUGCUUUUUCCCUGUCCCUUCUCCCCAAAUCAUCAACAGUAGAAAAAGAAGAAAACAUGUCAGGACACAAGUGCAGUUAUUCCUGGGACUUACUGGAUCGAUAUGCUCAAGAUAAGUCAGUUGUAAAUAAGAUGCAACAGAAGUAUUGGGAAACGAAGCAAGCCUUUAUUAAGGCCACAGGGAAGAAAGAAGACGAGCAUGUUGUUGCUUCUGAUGCAGACCUGGACGCCAAGCUGGAGCUGUUCCACUCAAUUCAGAGAACCUGUUUGGACUUGUCUAAAGCAAUUGUACUUUAUCAAAAGAGGAUAUGUUUCUUGUCUCAAGAAGAAAAUGAACUGGGAAAAUUUCUCCGAUCCCAAGGCUUCCAAGACAAAACCAGAGCAGGCAAAAUGAUGCAAGCGACAGGAAAGGCCCUCUGCUUUUCUUCCCAGCAAAGGUUGGCCUUGCGAAAUCCUUUAUGUCGAUUUCACCAAGAAGUGGAGACUUUUCGGCAUCGAGCCAUUUCAGAUACUUGGCUGACCGUGAAUCGCAUGGAGCAGUGUCGGACGGAAUACAGAGGAGCGUUAUUGUGGAUGAAAGAUGUGUCUCAGGAGCUUGAUCCAGAUCUCUACAAGCAAAUGGAGAAGUUCAGGAAGGUACAAUCACAAGUACGCCUUGCAAAAAAAAACUUUGACAAAUUGAAGAUGGAUGUGUGUCAAAAAGUGGAUCUUCUUGGAGCAAGCAGAUGUAAUCUCUUAUCUCACAUGCUAGCAACAUACCAGACUACUCUGCUUCAUUUUUGGGAGAAAACUUCUCACACAAUGGCAGCCAUCCAUGAGAGCUUCAAAGGUUACCAGCCAUAUGAAUUCACUACAUUAAAGAGCUUGCAAGACCCUAUGAAAAAGCUAGUUGAGAAAGAAGAGAAGAAGAAGGUCACCCAGCUGGAAAGCACAGAGACAGCCGCGCGGGAGCCGAGUCAGUUAAUUUCAUUAGAGGAUGAAAACCAGCGCAAGGAAUCUUCUAGUUCUAAAACCGAAGAUGGAAAAGGUGUUUCAUCGGCCUUAGACGAAAGCUCUACACAUGGUGCCGGCUCAGGACCUAUAGAUGAACUAUUAGACGUGAAACCUGAGGCAGGUGCUUGCCUGGGCCCAGUGGCCGGGGCCCUGGAACCCGAAGGUGCUGACAGAGAUGACCUGCUGCUGUUGAAUGAGAUCUUCAACGCUUCCUCUCUGGAAGAGGGCGAGUUCAGCAAGGAGUGGGCGGCCGUGUUUGGAGACGGCCAACUGAAGGAGCCGGCACCGACGGCAGCCUCGGGAGAGCCGGACCCCAAGCCUCACAUGGGCUCAGGCUUUCUUCCUUCUCAACUGUUAGACCAAAACAUGAAAGACUUACAGGCCUCCCUACCAGACUCUGCGAAGGCUGCCUCAGACCUGACUGCCUGGUUCAGCCUCUUCGCUGACCUCGACCCACUAUCAAAUCCUGAUGCUAUUGGGAAAACUGAUAAAGAACAUGAAUUGCUCAACGCAUGAGCCUGCAGCCUUCGGGAGGAAGCCCACUAGCUGCUCUUCAGCCGCUGACCUGGGGGCCAGCAGCAGUGUAAAGUGUUCAGUAUGCUGUUUUAAUAUUUAUGUGCCAUUUUAAUAAAAUGAAGGGGUCAAAGGCCCUGUUUAUAUUGGUAUAA